AUGGCUGACAUUGAGCAACCACAACGUGAUUCGACAGAGAAGAAAAACAAAAUUACUGCUUGGAAAUGUGUCGCUAAGGCGAAGUUGCCAGUUGUCAAGUCGGUUCUUCAUGAUAUUAUUGGCCACCUCAACAAAAACAGUCGGCCUUGUAUGCGAUAUGAAGAUUAUAAGGAAUCCUGGUCUUUGCAGAGUUACUGGCAGGUACUUGAUGUCUUUGAAAACUUACUUCAGGAAGUUUGCAAAGACUCCUUUACAAAAGAUCAGGUUUUCUCUUGUUUAGGGGAUGUAUUGCCAGAUACUUACAAAGAAGAAAUCUAUCAUGUGAUUGACAGUCGCCGUGAAGACAUAAGGAAACAUGCACUUGCUAAGACAACUGCUGUUUCACAAAGGAAACUGGUCAAUUUUGACUGGAAGGUUAAUUUGGUGAUGUCAAGUGAUAAGCUUGGUUUAGUACAGGAGCCGCUUUGCAACUUGGACUUUGAAAUCAACAAUAAUGACCAAAAAACAAAGACUUCAAUUGAAUUAACAAGUGAAGACCUGAAGACACUAAUCAAAUCCUUGGAAGCUGCAAACAAGACUGUCAUGCAGUAUACAUCCUGA